AUAAAACGGUAGUAGGUAAAAUAGUAUUUGAUUAUUUACAACUGUUUGAAUUACUCAUUGCUACUUGCUAUCUAUUAUUUUAAUAAAAUGUUGAAAUUAUUUUUCCUAAUAUUUACAUUUAAUUAUUGUGCUGUGCGUACCGACCAAAACAUACCUAUUGUGAUAACUACUUGGAGGUUUGCCAACGCUUCUAUUAGAGCAUGGGACAUAUUGAAUGGAGGUGGUUUGGCCCUUGACGCUAUAGAACAAGGUACCAUGGUGUGCCAAGAGCAGCAAUGUGACACUACAGUUGGUUAUGGCGGUAGCCCUGAUGAGGAUGGGGAGACUACCCUGGAUGCUUUACUAAUGGACGGGAAAACUAUGAAUGUCGGUGCUGUAGGAUCUCUUCGUCGAAUAAAAAAUGCCAUAUCAGUGGCUAGACACGUAUUAGAGCAUACUAAACAUUCAUUUCUGGUUGGAGACCAAGCAACCCAGUUUGCUAUACAAAUGGGCUUCCCAGAGGAAACUCUCACAACUCUUGAUUCAAAGAAAGUGUGGAUGAAAUGGCAUAAUGAAGAUAAUUGUCAGCCUAAUUUUUGGACGGCUGUUACACCUGAUCCCACUCAGCACUGCGGCCCCUACAAACCUGUUAAACAGACUGACAGAUAUGAACCAAGAGUGAUGAAAGUAGACAGAUUUAAUCAUGAUACCAUUGGCAUGGUGGCAAUAGAUAGAAAUGGUGAUGUUGCAGCUGGCACUAGUACAAAUGGUGCCAAACACAAAAUUCCCGGAAGAAUUGGUGACUCUCCUAUUCCGGGUGCAGGUGCGUACGCAGACAAUGCUGUGGGCGGCGCUGCGGCCACUGGCGACGGGGACUUGAUGCUCAGGUUCCUACCAAGUUUCUUGGCAGUAGAAGAAAUGCGUCGCGGUGCGUCACCUACUCAAGCUGCUGAAACGGCCGUAAAUAGAAUAAAGGAGCACUACCCUAUAUUUAUGGGAGCUGUGGUGGCCCUCUCAAAAGAUGGGCGCUAUGGAGCUGCUUGUAAUGGAAUCAAUGAGUUCCCAUUUUUUGUUGGUGAUAAGACCGGUCAACAACCUAGACUGCAUGCCGUCAAAUAUGUGAGCUAUACCAGCCGUUAUUUGUGGAUUAAAAUUUAAAAAAUCGGUACUUUU